AUGUCAUAUCUCGCCGACCAACUCAAAGAAAAGGGCAAUGCCGCAUUCCGUAAUGGCGAAUACAUCGAGGCCGAAGCGUGUUACACACAGGCAAUACAGAAGUACUCGAAGAACCAGCUCAUUUUCACAAAUCGCGCCAAUGUGCGGCUGAAGUUGCAGCAAUGGGAUGGUGCUGUGAAUGAUUGUCUGAAGUCGAUCGAGAUUACUGGGCCUAAUGGACAGAACCACAAGGCUUUUUACUUCUUGGCUCAAGCACAGCUAGCUCUCCACCACCCUCACGAAGCUCUCUCAUCGGCACUGACAGCAUAUCACCAAGUCCUCCACCCAGCGCCAGCAGCAAAGAUCUCGCCUCUAGACCUUCAAACUUUCUCCGCCUUUGUGCUGAAGUGCAAGAAAGCAAAAUUCGCCGCCCGAGAUCGUGAGCGUCUCCGCCGCCAGGGCGAUAUGCGGGCCGAGUUGGAGGAGACUUUGGAAUCACAGAAGCAGCGCGAGCUGGACUCAAUAUCGGCACAGCUUCACCGAGGCCAACUGGGAAAUGUCGAAGCUUCUGAACGCACAGAGGAAGUUGCUGGGAACUACGACUCAAAGAUCGCGACAUUACGAUCUGUCUUCGAAGCAGCGGAUCCAGCGAAUCAUAAGCCGAGGGAGAUCCCAGAUCAUUUGAUCGAUAUGAUCACGUUCGAGCCGAUGCAUGAUCCAGUCAUUACGAAGAACGGACAUUCGUAUGAGCGAGCGACGAUUUAUGAGCAUUUGAAGCGGAGUCCGACGGAUCCUUUGACCAGAGAUGCGUUGAAGGUGGAAGAUCUCAGGAGUAACUUUGGGCUCAAGGCAGCUUGUGACGAGUUCUGGGAGAGCGGUGCGAACAAGCUGGCUUGGCCCAAAGGAUCCCGACCUUCCUUCUUGCGUCGCCCUUUCCUCCUCCUCUUCGUCUGCCUCGUCGCGAUUGUGGCGCUGUACAACGUGCUUCCCCGACUGCGAACGUUGGUUGCGCAGAUCAGCACCCCCAAGCCAGCAUUUAGCUUCCACCAGACCAGACCACUCGUCACAAGCACCACCAUGGGCGCCAACUUCAAGAAGCCGCCGCAGGCACCGCCGCUCUUCACCCACACGCCUGAAAGUCUGCUCAAGGACACCAAGCGCAUUCUCGAUGAGAGCAAAGCGUUGCGGGACAAGAUCGUCAAGGAAGUCACCGCCGAGACUGCCACCUUCAAGAAUGUCGAGCUUCCCUUCGCCCAAGACGACAACCGCAUGUCACUCGAGACCCACAUCAUAGGCUUCUACCAGGCAGUGUCGACCGACGCCAAGGUUCGUGAUGCGUCAACAGAGGCAGAGAAGCAGAUGAACGACUUCUCGAUCGAGGCGUCCAUGCGCGAGGACAUCUUCCAACUUGUGGAUGCAGUCUACAAGAAGCAGAAGGAUGACAAGAGCUUGGAUGCUGAAAGCAGGCGGUUGCUGGAGAAGGACCACAAGGGAUACAUCCGCAUGGGUCUCGGCAUCCCUGCGGGACCUGACCGUGAUCGCUUCAAGGCUAUCAAGAAGAGGCUCUCCGAGCUGAGCAUUACAUUCCAGAAGAACCUCAACGAGGAAAACGGCGGUCUGUGGCUGACACGCAAAGAGCUGGAGGGUGUACCUGCAGAUGUCGUGGAAGGCCUGACAAAGGGCAAGGAGGGCACUGCAGACGAGGGCAAGGUGUUCCUCACGUUCAAGUACCCAGACCUGUUCCCGACUCUGAAGUACUGCAAGAACGAGGAGGUGCGGCAGAGGGUCUUCAUUGCUAAUGAGAACAAAUGCCCUGGCAACACCGAGCUCUUCAAGGAGGCCAUCGUCCUCCGCGAUGAGGGUGCGCGUCUUUUGGGCUACCCCAACCACGCUACUUUCCGCAUCGAAGACAAGAUGGCCAAGACACCAAAGACUGUCGACACCUUCUUGGGUGAUCUCCGGAAGCGCCUCGCGCCAGGUGGUCUCAAGGAGAUUGAGAAGCUCAAGGAGCUGAAGAAGGCCGAGACGGGUAAGGCUGACAAGUACUUCCUCUGGGACCACAGAUUCUACGACACUUUGAUGCUCGAGAAGGAGUAUCAGCUCGAUCAGAAGCUCAUUUCCGAGUACUUCCCACUGCAGACCUCGAUCGGCGGCAUGCUGAACAUCUUUGAGGAGAUCUUCGGUCUGCAAUUCGUCGAGGUGCAGGGCGAGCACAGAGAUCAGAUCUCCGAGACUGGCAAGGGUAACGACAUCGUAUGGCACCAGGAUGUGCAAGUGUUUGCCGUCUGGGACGACCAAGGCGAAGGCGGUGGCUUCGUUGGCUAUCUUUACCUUGAUCUUCACCCACGCGAUGGCAAGUACGGUCACGCCGCAAACUUCAACAUCCAGCCUGGCUUCAUCAAUGAGAAUGGCACGAGGAGAUAUCCCGCGACUGCAUUGGUGUGCAACUUCAGCAAGCCUACCCCGAAGAAGCCAUCUCUCCUUAAGCACGAUGAGGUCGUCACACUCUUCCACGAACUCGGUCACGGUAUCCACGACCUUGUUUCGCGGACAAUCUACAGCCGUUUCCACGGCACUGCGACAGUUAGGGACUUUGUCGAAGCGCCAUCGCAGAUGCUUGAGAACUGGUGCUGGACGCCGUCGCAGAUCAAGUCGCUCAGCAAGCACUGGUCAUACCUCUCGCCCGAGUACGCUGAGGCAUACAAGCAGGAGCACGGGGACAAGCGACCAUCGGAGAACAUUCCUGACGAUGUGAUCCAGUCCAUAAUCCGGACACAACACGUCAAUGAUGCACUGUUCAACCUCCGCCAGCUCCACUUUGGUAUUUUCGACAUGACAGUUCACGAGCCGGCAUCGCAUGCCGACGUUGAGAAGUUGGACGCCUCAGAAACUUACAACAAACUCCGCAAAGAUAUCUCCAAGAUCGACGGCCCUGAAGAGAUUGGCCAAGGGUACCACUGGGGUCACGGUCAGGCCACUUUCGGCCACUUGAUCGGCGGCUACGAUGCUGGCUACUACGGCUACCUCUCCAGCCAAGUCUACUCUGCCGACAUGUUCUACUCCGUCUUCAAGAAGGACCCGAUGAACGGCAAGGAGGGCAGGCGGUAUAGACAUACUGUGCUUGAGAAAGGUGGCAGCCAGGAUGAGAUGGAGACGCUGGAACAGUUCUUGGGCCGUGAGCCGAGUACUGAGGCGUUCUACAAGGAGCUUGGUCUGUCAUAG